UCUUUAAAACUCUCGAUUCCACCGGGAUGUUUAUGGUCAACUAAGAUCCGUGUGAGAGGUCUUCAGUCUCCAGUGUCAUUGGUGAAUGACCGAAGAUGUCUCACAGCAGGUUGUUUGCUAGGCUGCUUUUGCAGCACAGUGGAGUCAGACACUGCUACACAGGCACAAGAAAGAACCUGUACAUCGACAAGAACACGAAGGUCAUCUGCCAAGGUUUCACGGGGAAGCAGGGGACGUUUCACAGUCAGCAGGCUCUCGACUAUGGCUCCCAGUUAGUUGGAGGAGUUUCCCCUGGCAAGGGUGGCAAGACCCACCUUGGCCUGCCAGUUUUUAACUCUGUGAAGGAGGCAAAGCAGGGCACAGGGGCAGACGCCUCUGUGAUUUAUGUACCUCCUCCAUUCGCGGCAGCAGCCAUCAUUGAGGCCAUUGACGCAGAGAUACCUCUGGUGGUGUGCAUCACUGAGGGCAUCCCCCAGCAGGACAUGGUUAAAGUCAAACAUAAGCUUCUGCGCCAGAGCGCUACUCGCCUCAUAGGCCCAAACUGCCCAGGAGUCAUUAAUCCCGGGGAAUGUAAGAUUGGCAUCAUGCCAGGCCACAUUCACAAGAAAGGAAGAAUCGGCAUUGUUUCUAGAUCGGGUACCCUGACAUAUGAAGCUGUGCAUCAAACUACGCAAGUAGGCCUGGGCCAGUCACUCUGUGUUGGUAUUGGCGGGGAUCCAUUUAAUGGCACAAACUUCAUAGACUGUCUGGAGGUGUUCCUGCAGGAUCCCAAGACGGAGGGCAUUAUUCUUAUUGGAGAAAUUGGAGGAAAUGCAGAGGAGAAUGCAGCAGAGUACCUGAAACAGCACAACUCUGGUGAUAAUUCAAAGCCUGUGGUAUCCUUCAUCGCUGGUCUAACUGCUCCUCCUGGCCGUAGAAUGGGCCAUGCUGGCGCCAUCAUCGCUGGCGGAAAGGGUGGAGCCAAAGAGAAGAUUGCAGCCCUCCAGUCAGCUGGAGUUGUAGUCAGCAUGUCCCCUGCUCAGUUGGGCAGCACUAUGUUCAAGGAGUUUGAGAAGAGGAAGAUGUUGUAAAUUGCGCAAGAAGGCAGCUGACCUCUUACCCCCUGCCUCGAAAUUGAGAUGAGCAGCCUGAGUCUGGAGGUGGAUAUGCCCCUACAGUGUCUGUAAACCCCGAUUAUUUCAACUACGAUACACACACGAAGUGUUUAUAUUGUAAUUUCUGCCAUGAACUCAUACCUUGCACAUAAAUGGAAAGAAUAAAACGCAAUGUUUUACUGGUAUCCAAAAGAAAUCAUUGUACACAAUGUAAAAGCUUUAUAGAUGUUUUCCUUCUCCACACAAUGUCGGCAGCUUACGGAUCGACGCCACAGUGAUCUGUUUCGUUCUGUUCUGCUGUUCCUGCUCUGUGAUGGAUUUCAUCACUAAUUUCACUGGUUGCCCACCCGAAUAAGAAACAUUUCUCAUAUCAUUUUCUAGCUGUGUCGCCUGUACUUUCACGUGGCAUAUGUAAGAAACAGAUGUGGUCUCCUUGUAGAACGGCAUUGCUGUCCCUAGAUUUUUAGGCAUCAUUAAAGUAACUCGAGAAGUACAAAUCAUCACUUAAAUGGGGAUGCACAAGGUGCAGGCAAUGUGGUAUAGAUACAGAAACAACUGCCAGGUGAGCAUUUAUGACAAAAGUGCUUCUCUAUAAAUUGCAAUGUUAAUAAAUCCCACUUCUGAAAACGCCUCA